CAGCCAUAACGCUAGAAAAUGUAUUUUUACCCGAGCAAUUUUCGGUCUCGUCAAGGAGGGCAGUUAUAAAAAUAGAAAUUGGUUUUCCCCGCAGUGUGUACAUUAUUACCCACAAUGCUUCAUAAACCAAAUCCAACAUGGCGACGCAAACAUCAUCAGAUGAGGAAAGAUCAUCACCUUCCAAAAGACAACGGAGGUCAUCACGUCUCCAGAGUCGUGCCAGACAAUCUUUAGAGUUUUUGGCUAGCAAAGACCCCGAUUCGGAAUCUUCUGAGGAAGAACAAAUAGAAGAAGACUGGGAGCCAGAACCUAGGGGAAAGCAGAAAGGGAAAGGAAAGGCAACAAAGCAGUCUGUGGGGAAGAAGAGUACAAAGCGGGGAAAACACAAGUUUCAUGGGACAGUGUUUGAUGAAGGAGAGGUAGAAAGGCUACAAAGAUUGCAUCAGGAAAGGACAGAAAAAGCCAAUGAAAUAGUGGAAGAGCUCACUGAUGAGCAGAGGAAGGAGUUGCUCCUAUCUGUUGUUGUGCGAGAUCCAGGUCUAAUCCUGGAUGCUCACAGAAUUUUAUCACUUGAGGGACAACCACCAGAGCCAGAACCAGACCAGCCAGGGGUUGGGCCAAGCUGGUGUGUUUGCAGCCACUGUCCUGAUAUACCCAGAGAGGAAGACAGGUCAUGUUGCAUGAUGGCUCCCACACACUGCAAUAGUCUGAGGCCAGAAAUGGGAUUGAUCGUCUUGGAUGAAUUGACACUGAGACUUCAACAGUAUUUUCGUGACGACAUGCUUGCAUUAAAUGCAGCUAAUGAGUCCGAUGCCAAUAAAUCCUUUCGUCAUGCCGCUUACAGGCAAUAUGUUUUGUGGGUACAUGGGCAGUUGGCGCAAGAAGAUAGAAGGAAAAUACCUGCCUGUUGUGUUCGAAUGAUUAGAGACAAAUACCCAAGCCCAAGUGGUGAAUACAAAGGGUUUUGACAAGGUGGUAUUGGCAUGUAAACCUCAAUUACAUGUAUAUAGCCAAUAUGACCUAAAUGUAACAUGUUUCAUCAUUUAAAGGCCCAUUAUGCCUCAGAUAUGCUAAUCAUUUUAUUUCUCAAAAACUCUUUACUUUCUGUAUAUAAUACAGUUUUCAAAAUUAUACCAAUUUUCAAUAUUCAUGAACUGUCUUUUGCUUUUGCUGUGUCAGCAAUUGGUAGAAUCAUAGAGAAUAAGAAUAAUGUAUGGAUGUCAAAAUACUACUUUGUUCACAUUUUGCUACCUUUACAACACAUUACUGCUCGUUCAAUGCUACUUGCUUGAGUACCUAAACAUGUAACAUACUCUAAAUUAUUGUUGAAACUUUAUUAAGCACAUGUUUGGCAAUUCUAAAAAAAUUAAAACCAUGUGGAUUUCUGAGGUAUCUUGUGCCAUUAAAAAGAAUUACAAGCUUUUAUACUGUAAAUGUCAAUAUUGAUAUUUGUUUCACAAUUUCAUUAUUUAUAUACUUCUGUCAAUAAUGACUGAACCAGUUUCCUAAAUUGUUAAUGUAGUUAUGUUUUAUUUUAUAGUUAUAACUUUGUUGAAGAUAUUGUAAGUAACUUACUGCCAAAUUGUCAUUUUAUUGACAUACAAAAAAAUAAAAUAAAGGUUUCGUAUGGCCAAAAUAAACACCAGGUCAUUAGGUUUGAUCCUAAAAAUUGACCUCAUUCUAUUAUUAGCAAUAUUUUUUAUGGAUAUUUUGGUGUUUAAUAAAGGGUGGCCAGCUAACAUUCAGCCACAUAGUAAUAUAUGACACUCUUGUUUUUGCUUAGAAUACCAUAUUUUCAGCAUUAUCUUUUAUUAUUUCAAAAAUGAUUCAUUACAAUCAUUAAAAAAGUGGGUAACUAGAGUAAAAUGAGAGAAUUUGUCUAUUUACUUUAAUUGAUUAUCAAAUUCAAAGUUUUGGUUUAAUGUCAAAAAUAAAUGUCAAAUUGAAAAUGCUCUCUUGUGUAUGAUAACAACCAUGUAUUUUUCUCUGUUUUUAAUCAAUUAAAGUUAUUUCAAUUGAA